AGCGCGCCCGCGGGCCCUUGGCACGCCUGCUGGGUGCUGUUUGGCUGUGAUCGCGUUUGCAGGACUGGAGAUGCUAUGCUGCUCUCAUGAGCUGGUCACUGAGUCUGUCUACCAAAGCCCUUUCGGAACCUCUGGCUGUCCAGAAGCUCUGCUGUGCUCCUUGCCAAGAUGAAGUGCGUCUUGGUGGCCACGGAGGGUGCGGAGGUCCUCUUCUACUGGACGGACAAAGAGUUUGAGGAGAGUCUGCGGCUGAAGUUUGGGCAGUCAGAGAAUGAGGGAGAAGAGCUUCCCGCCCUGGAGGACCAGCUCAGCACCCUCCUAGCCCCGGUCAUCAUCUCCUCCAUGACGAUGCUGGAGAAGCUCUCAGACACAUACACCUGCUUCUCGACGGAGAACGGCAACUACCUGUAUGUCCUUCACCUGUUCGGAGAGUGCCUGUUCGUUGCCGUCAAUGGAGACCACACAGAGGGCGAGGGGGACCUGCGGCGGAAGCUGUGCGUGCUCAAGUACCUGUUCGAGGUGCACUUCGGGCUGGUUACCGUGGACGGCCAGCUCAUCCGAAAGGAGCUGCGGCCCCCAGAACUGGAGCAGCGCAUCCAGGUGUGGGAGCACUUCCAGAGCCUGCUGGGGACCUACGGCCGCCUACGGGAGCAGGAGCAGUGCUUUGCUGUGGAGGCCGUGGAGCGGCUGAUUCACCCCCAGCUCUGUGAGCUGUGCAUCGAGGCGCUGGAGCAGGACGUCAUCCAGGCCGUGAACUGCAGCCGCGAGCGGGCCAGCGAGGAGGCCCUGCACGCCCUCCUGCUCGUGCACUCCAAGCUGCUGGCCUUCUACUCCAGCCAUGGCGCCAGCUCCCUGCGCCCAGCCGACCUCCUCGCCCUCAUUCUCCUGGUUCAGGACCUCUACCCCAGCGAGAGCACAGCGGAGGAUGAUGACACUCAGCCUUCCCCAUGGAGGGGCCGGAGCAGCCAGAACAUUCCCGUGCAGCAGGCCUGGAGCCCUCGCUCUACAGGCCGGACCAGGAGGAGUUCUGCAGGGACUGAGACAGACAGCUCCCUCCCUGAGGAGUACUUCACACCGGCUCCUUCUCCUGGGGAGCAGAGUUCAGGUAGCACCGUCUGGCUGGAUGGGGGCACCCCACCCACUGAUACUCCCCAGGUCCAGAUGGCUGAGGACACCCUCCAGACGCUGCUCCCUGGCUCCCCGGGACCUUCCAGCCCCAGAAGGAUUUUCCUGGAUGCCAGUGUGAAAGAGAGCUACUGCCCCAUGGUGCCCCACACCAUGUACUGCCUGCCCCUGUGGCCGGGCAUCAACAUGGUGCUCCUGACCAAGAGCCCCAGCACGCCCCUGGCCCUGGCCCUGUACCAGCUGCUGGACGGGUUUUCCCUGCUGGAGAAGAGGCUGAAGGAGGGGCAGGAGGCCGGGAGCACCCUACGGUCCCACCCCCUUAUGGGGGACCUGCGCCAGAGGAUGGACAAGUUUGUCAAGAAUCGUGGGGGGCAAGAGAUUCAGAGCACCUGGCUGGAGUUCAAGACCAAGGCCUUCUCCAGGAGUGAACCUGCAUCGUCCUGGGAGCUGCUGCAGGCGUGCGGGAAGGUGAAGCGGCAGCUCUGUGCCAUCUACCGUCUUAGCUUCCUGAGCACGGCUCCAGGCCGGGGAGGCCCCCAGCUGCCCCAGCACCUGCAGGACCAGGUCCAGAAGCUGAUGCAAGAAAAGCUAAUGGACUGGAAGGACUUUCUGUUGGUGAAGAGCAGGAGGAACGUCACCAUGGUGUCGUACCUAGAGGACUUCCCAGGCUUGGUGCAUUUCAUCUACGUGGACCGCACGACCGGGCAGAUGGUGGCCCCUUCCCUCAGCAGCAGUGAAAGGACUUCAUCGGAGCUGGGCAAGGGGCCCCUGGCCGCCUUCAUCAGAACCAAGGUCUGGUCUCUGAUCCGGCUGGCGCGCAGAUACCUGCAGAAGGGCUACACCACGCUGUUGUUCCAGGAGGGCGACUUCUACUGCUCCUACUUCCUGUGGUUCGAGAACGAGAUGGGGUACAAGCUGCAGAUAAUGGAGGUGCCUGUCCUGUCCGAUGACUCGGCCCCCGUCGGCAUGCUGGGGGGAGACUACUACAGGAAGCUCCUGCGAUACUACAGCAAGGGCCACCCGGCUGAGGCUGUCAAGUGUUACGAGCUGCUAGCCCUCCACCUGUCGGUCAUCCCCACGGACGUGCUGGUGCAGCAGGCCGGCGAGCUGGCCCGGCGCCUGUGGGAGGCCUCGCGCGUCCCCCUGCUCUAGGCCAGCCCGGACUGCCCCAGUGCAGUCUGCCUGUGCGUCCUGGUUCUCCAGGCCCAACCCCGCUUGCAAACAUCCUCACGGCAAGAGCCUCCUCCUGGUCCUGGAGGCCACCCGAGGGUGGCACAGAGUUCCAGGGCAGCCCCAGGGUUUCUUAAAGAAAUUCCACCUAGACCAGGCUCCACGGGGUUGUGAACAAACCCCCACUCCUUCCCUCUGGAGGAGGAGGGAGGCCAGGGGGUUCCAUUGGUCUCCUUAUAACAGCAGUGGCUGUGAGGUUGGAGCUAGGGCAGCCACUGUUUCACACUGCCUCUUCGUUUAUCCCCAGGAGACAGGGAAGAAGUCCCCAGUGCCCGCGGGUGUCUGGAGACACCCUCCUUUCCUGCUGUUCUCGGAGUGGAGAAAGAACUCCCUCCCUCGGGAAGCCAUUUGCCUCCCAGAUGAAAGGGGCUCCACUGGCUGGGCGUGAUUCCAGCUCUGCG